AUGAAGCAAGUACGAUUCGCUAAUAACACGAACAAUGUGCCCGGAUUACUGUCGGAUGGUGAUUCAAGCAAUGUCACUAUACAACCUGUAAAUUCCCAAGACAACCUUGGACCUCAACUUAAGCUGCUGCCUCUAAACGACCAGAUUCGAGAGUUGCAGACAAUUAUCAGAGACAAGACAACCAGCAGAGGAGAUUUUGUGUUUAGCGCAGACAGAUUGAUUAGACUAGUUGUGGAAGAGGGUCUAAACCAGCUGCCCUAUUCGGAGUGCACAGUUACAACACCAACAGGGUACAAGUAUGAAGGUGUGAAGUUUGAGAGGGGCAACUGUGGCGUCAGCAUUAUGAGAAGCGGUGAGGCUAUGGAGCAAGGUCUCAGAGAUUGUUGUCGCUCGAUACGAAUCGGCAAAAUUCUCAUCCAAAGUGAUGAGGAAACACAGAAGGCCAAAGUCUAUUAUGCAAAGUUCCCCCCAGAUAUAUACAGAAGGAAAGUGCUGCUUAUGUAUCCCAUACUUAGUACUGGAAACACUGUGAUUGAAGCGGUGAAAGUGCUGCUAGAACACGGUGUCCAGCCGCGACAUAUUAUCCUCCUCAGUCUCUUUUCAACACCUCAUGGAGCAAAAUCGAUCAUUCAGGAAUUUCCGGACAUCACCAUCCUCACCACGGAGGUUCACCCGGUGGCUCCCACACACUUCGGCCAGAGAUAUUUUGGCACAGAUUAA